AUGAACACAUCAACUUUCUACAGGAAGCAAGCUGGUGGACUUCAAAUCAGGGUUCCACCAUUUGAAAGUGAUGACAGCUGUCUCAGUGACUGUGAGGAGAGCGAUGAAGACUACAUACCUACACCAUUAUCACAAGGUGAUGUUUCUGAAGAUGAAAGCAGCAGUAAUGACAGUACUGACAAUGAAAGCAGCAGUGAUAAAGACUCUGACAGCAAUCAUGAUACACCUGCUAGCACCAGUGUUACUGGUGCAAGAAGGCAUCCAGCUGCCACUGCAAGGAGAACACAGCAAAAGGUAGUGUGGAAGACAGUGCAACAACAGAACUCUGCAAAAGACAUUCCAAUUUGGCAAGCUGCUUUUCCUGAUGCUGAUGAAAUCAGACUGCCCAUUCAGUACUUCCAAGACUUUUUUGAUGCUGAUCUUUUGGAUAGUAUUGCAGAACAAAGUAAUCUGUAUCGCAUGCAAAAAAAUCCAAAUUGUGCCCUCAAAUUGGAUCGGAAUGAAUUGGAGCAGUUUAUUGGCACUGUAGUGUAUAUGAGUGUUGUACAUUUACCAAGGUCAAGAAUGUACUGGUCCAGUGAAUGUCAAGUAGCGCAGGUGGCUGAUGUGAUAUCCCGAGACAGAUGGGAACAAAUUAAUGAUGGAAAUUACGAUAAGCUUUUCAAAAUCAGGCCAAUUAUUGAUUCACUUCUCCCAAAAUUUCUGCGUCUCCCACAAGAUCAAAUGUUGUCUAUUGAUGAGCAAAUGGUGCCAUUCAAAGGUAAAUCUAGUCUAAAGCAAUAUAUCCCCAAGAAGCCAUACAAAUGGGGGUACAAAAUCGUUGUGCUUUGUGAUACAAAAGGCCUGGUGCAUUCAUUUGACAUAUUUACAGGGAAAAUAGAUCCUGUACCUGGAGAACCUAACAUUGGGGCAAGAGGAAACAUUGUUCUAAAGCUUGCACAAGUUAAUCGUGGUGCUCUCAAUCACUUGCUGUAUUUUGACAACUGGUUUUCUUCCUUGUAUUUGUUUGUUGCUCUUGCAAACCAGGGAAUACCAGCCCUUGGGACUGUGCAGCAAAGUCUCCUGCAAGGGUGCGAUUUCAGCGUAGACACCAAUAUGAAGAAGAAGGGAAGAGGGAUAUUUGAAGAGAAAAAGGUUGUUGUAGUCAAUGUAGAAAUAAAAGCAGUAAAAUGGUUUGAUAACAGAGGGGUUAUCAUUGCCAGCACUUUUGCCAGUGCCCAGCCUGUUUCUAAUGUAGAAAGACGGGAUAGAAAGUCGAAAAAGAAAGUGUCUAUAGAAUGCCCAAACAACAUCAGCCUUUACAACAAGUUCAUGGGCGGCGCUGAUGUUCUUGAUGCACUAAUUGCAUAUUAUCGCAUCCACAUAAGGUCAAAAAAGUACUAUCAUAAGUUCUUUUUCAUUUUGUUGAUAUGGUCAUUGUAA